AUGUCACGCGCCGCGGACAACUUGCAAACGUCGUCGGCAGAGGCUGCUUGGCUCGCCUUUGUGCAACAUCGAUUCGAUAAUGAGCGCGCGUCAAUUCAGGACCUCGAUGAAGAGUUAUCGUUGAUUCGCAAGUACGAAGCCCUGGCAAAACAAAAGAGAAAUAGCCAUACUGGUGCUUGUAAACUACCUGCGGAGAUUGUUGGCGAGAUACUCUUCUUUGCACGCGAUAUAUGGAGACCGUGUAGAACAGGGUCGGCAGCUAAGGAAUACGAAGCUGGUUGGAUGUCCCUUACCCAUGUAUGCUCUUUUUGGAGAUCAACUGCGGUGUCUCUACCCGGACUCUGGCAAACUAUUGCAAUCAUGGAUAUUCAUCCGGAUUACUCCUACGACAUCCUGGCCCGCUCAGCUCGAGGACCCUUGCGUCUGGUAUCAUUCCAGGACGAGCGCUUCCAUGAAGAUGAUCUACAUGUGGUGCUCGCCUCACGCACCUGGCUCAGUGCGCCGGUCUUCCGUCGCCUCGAGGCUUUGGAAUUCAUCUGCACAUCCCUCUCUCCCAUCGAAACACAAGCCAUCGUGCAGGAGGCUCCCGGAAUCCGGGCGUUGGAAAUACAUACCCGCCUGGCGCAGGUUCUCCCUCGCAACAUGUUGAACUCGGAUAAUCAUCCCUCCUUGCUCCGCAAACUAAACAUCGUCGGCUGCGUGCUACCACCAGAUACUCACCUACUUGCUCCGACAUUGGUGUUUCUUCAUCUGAAUUAUGAAGCCGUCGACAUUGAUGACACUUAUCUCACAAACGAGCUAUUACUGCUGGCUAUCUCGUCCAUGUCUUCACUCGAAACCCUUCAGCUUUCCAACGUUUCUCGACGAGUCAAUCAUCAUCAUAAUGCGGAUGUCUCUUUGCCUUACGUGAGCCUUCCAGACACGUUCAAGAGCUUAACCUUGGAGGAGAACUACAUCGAUUAUCUCCCCCUGCUCGUGGGAUUUCUGGAGCAUCUCGCUGUACCGCCCACAGCUGCUAUUGAAGUCUGGUCAUACGAGAACAUCACCGAGGAUGACCUUCCGACACUUCCUUUGUGUCAUAGAUUGCUGCAAGCCAUGGAUUUCUGUCCACAAUCCUAUCCUUUACCUCUCGAGCUCUAUGCUUUUGGCAGCAAAUACACUGUACGGCCUGUUGAUUGUGCGGAUGACACCUCCGACUUCAAGCGCAUGCUCUAUCUCGACACAGAAGACCCCGCGACGUAUGAGAUAUUACGCGCGUUUCCGUCCACGCGCAUAGCCUCGCUAGAUAUGGACAGCGCAAUUCUUCUACGAAUCAUGCAGUCACGGGCAGAAUCGACCGGCACGAACCCUUGGAUCGAAUGCUUUUCGCAAGCACAAAGCGUUGAAAACCUCGUCGUCCGCUUUCUCCAAAGCGCCGAGCUUUGGACCGCAUUGUGCCAGCCCGGGUCGGGUCUCUUCCCGAAGCUGGAUACCAUUACCGUGACUAGCUCUUUUGAGUCUCCGGAUGACUUGGCAAGUGCGCCCAUCCGAACCACGAUCCCGCCACUGGUGCUUGGCAUGGUCGAGGCCAUAGAGUUGAGAAGGGCGGGAGGAACCCCGAUACGUGAGGUGAAAAUGUCAAAAAACCUAGCAGGAUGUGAUGUUUGGGGGACACUUCACCGUUUGGUCAAGGUUACAACGCUAUAG